AUGACUCAAACUACGUCCGACAUUGAUUUGAAUAAAACCUUACAAUUAUUUUGGAAAAUUGAAAACGUGCCACAGAUAAGCCCUAAUUAUACUAUUGAAGACCAGCAAACUGAAGACUUUUAUAAAGCGACCACUACUCGAGCUGAUAGGUAUACAGUAAGACUUCCAUUUGCUCAAAAACCUGCUAUAGGUGAUUCUUAUAAUGGUGCUUUGAAAAGAUUACUAGCUAUGGAGAGAAAAUUUAAAUCAAAUUCCGGUUUAAAGCUAGCAUACUCAGAAUUUAUGAGUGAAUACAUAAAUCUAGGUCAUAUGGAGAAAGUGACUCCAGAGCACAUAUUCCUUUCAUCUGAAAGUGUGUAUUAUUUGCCGCACCAUGCUGUGCUUAAAGAAAGUAGUCUGACCACAAAACUAAGAGUGGAUUUUGAUGGCUCAGCCAAGUCUUCUAAUGGAAAAUCACUCAAUGAUAAUCUAUUUAAAGGUCCAAUUUUAUGA